AUGGUCUCUUCAGAAGAAACAUCCGAGACCCAACAUGAAGCACCGGCAUUGCCCCAACGGCGGAAGCUCCCAGCGUGGCUGGAUCACUUCAACGUCCACGAUAUGAAAAUAUUCCUGCGCUGCUGGAUCGCGUUAUGGGUCAUGCUGCUCCUGAUCUUCAUCCAUCCCUCCCUCGUCGAGCUUGGACAAGCAACAUUCCUCGGCGCCAUCCUUCUCAUCGCAGUUCCGCCCGCGAGCAUGUUUUUCAUCUAUCUGCUCGCCGCACUUUCGCUGCUCCUGGGAAUGUGUUUGGCAUGGUGCUGGGGACUGCUUACCAUGAAGGCAGCGCUUGCUACGCGCUCUUCAACAGAAACUCAGGCAAGAUAUGAGCUUCUGCAGAAAACGGCGCAAGAAGUAGCUGGACAAACGGGACAAUCGCCGACUUGGGAGGGGCAGAUAUUGAUCCAUGAGGGUUUCAUGCUCGACACUCGAGUCACAAUUGUAUUCUUCGCCAUGAGCUGUAUUUUCAUAUACGCUGUAGCGCGAAUGAGAUGCGCCAACCCCAAACUCGUGGUGUUUCAGACCUUCGGCACUAUUGUCACCGACAUCUUCCUCUUAUUCGGCCCUGGACUCCCACGCUUCCAAGGCAAUCUAGCAUCAAUUCUAGUCAAGCCUGGGGCUACCGGAAUCGGUCUUGGCGUAGCAUGCUCUCUAUUGCUCUUCCCGAAAUCAACAUCAUACAUAGUCCUCACGGAGAUUGAGAAGUUGAUCCGCAUGUCCAACAAAGCUCUUGCGGUAACCAAGAAUGGUCUUGCGGGUGAAAGCAAUCCACUAUCCGAUCUUCAAGCCAGCCGAGCGGGUAUGAUAGGCGUUUUCAAAGCUGGACAGCCUUCGCUCGCUUUCCUUCCCCUGGACUUCUCACGCGGACGGUGGAACGCGCAUGAUAUCAAAGGGUUGCACGAACGUGCACGUAAGCUCAUGUUCGCCAGUCUUUAUCUUCUCGACUUUCAAAUCUCUCACGUCCGGGGACAACAAAAGGCAGAGGCGCAUAACAAGGCCAAGGGAGACGGACAUAUUCAACCGGCAACCAAUGGAGAGAAGGGUGAACCGAACAAACGCUAUUGGCAAGAAAAUGACAGACUACUCAGCGCCUUCCAAAGACCAGAAAGUGCAGCUCUGCGGUCCAGAACAAGAAACACACUCCGAGAAACGACGUCCGAUCUUUUGGAGAUUGCCCCACAAGCUGUGAACCUCGGAGCCGAUUAUAUACGCGCUGUCAAUUCUUGCCGCUGGUUUGGAAAGACAUCGCCAGCACAUUUUGAAGAGCUCAACAGUAACCUACACGACCUGCUGGCUCGAUCGCGCCAGGCUAGAGAGGCGUGCGUCCUCAACACCACCAAAGGAGUUCUUCAAGCCCACGCCGAGUUAUUCGACGCAAACGGCCGACUGAAACCUAUCGAGGGAACAGGCACACCCUUUCUACCGAGUAUGGUUAUUGGAAUGGUGAUUGAAGAAAGGAUUCUCAAUAUCGCAAUUGCAGUUGAGAAGCUCCUCGAGUACAUUUUGUAUCUCUCGGAAAAACGGACUACCCGUAGAAUCUGGUUCCCAUCGCGGCUUCAGUACGCGAUUUCUUGGGUAUUUCAUGGACGAGUCACAUUCCCUGGCUACGAUGUGGCAGCAGAAGAAGACCCUGACAAACUCAUGGAUACUGAAACAUUUGAUGAGCAGACGAAAGAAACUCGCCGAAGGCUUGAAAUCAGCCGUGGAUAUAAGGGCGCGUCAGCUCGAAGAAAUAAGCUCAGUCAAGUUAUCAUUGCUACAUACAACUGGCUAGUCAACCCUGCGGGUAUGUAUGCAAUGAGAAUGGUUAUUGUUACUAUUGCAACAUCGAUACCAGCUGUCAUCCCGCACUCUGCAGGGUUCUUCUACCGAGAGAAAGGAAUUUGGGCCGUCAUUAGUGCUCAGACUGUGCUUCUCGUUUACCUGGCGGAUUUUACCUUCUCCCUUGUUGCGCGAACGGUUGGAACGAUUGUGGGGGGUGUGAUAGGCAUGGUAACCUGGUACAUCGGAGCUGGAAGCGGUAUCGGUAAUCCAUACGGCAUGGCAGCGGCCUCGGGCGUCAUGAUAAUACCUCUUCUCUGGUCGCGCCUUUAUCUACCGCCUGCUUUCGCAUUCGCUACUAUCAUGGCUGGUGCUACCUUUUGUCUCGUUGUUGGCUUCAGUUGGGACCACGAUCAUAUUGUCCAGUAUGGUCUCCCAGGCAAAGGCUAUGAAGCAUUCUGGAAACGGGUCGUUACCGUCCUGAUCGGUUUUCUCGCAGCAUUUAUAGUGCAACUGUUCCCGAGCCCCCCAUCUGGAACGGCCCAUGUUUGUAAAACACUGGCAAACUCUGUGCGCAGUCUUUCGGACCACUAUGCUCUGCUCAUCUCCCACUGGGGCCGCACGGACAAGAACAGUGCUCUGGGUGCAAUUGCUGAGAAUAUCUCUAUAGAGGUGGCGGAGGUUUUACUUGCACUUAACCCUUCCAUCGCGUUGUUGAAGGGCGAGCUUAGCUUUGGGUCUUUUGACCAAAAGGUUCUUCAACAGACGAAGGAGCAAUGCCAGUAUAUGAACCAAGCACUGGGCGGCCUUCUCAACCUCGCGUCAACUCUACCAAAGGAACUUCAGGACCGCCUUGUUCAUGUCGCCGGCAUCUUGGAUGAGCGCAAUAUCGGAGACAUCAUGGCUGUCCUUGUCAUCAUCGAACAAGCUUUGCGGACCGGGUCGCCUCUUCCUGAGCGAUUACCAGGGCCACUUGUCCAGCGAGCUAUCAAUGCGAUCCACAAUCAAAGCGAUGAAGUAAUAUUGACGACGGAAUUAGUUCAGGAUGAGGCCCACCGACGUUAUUGCGUGGCGGUAAUAUUGUACUUCAAGUUCUUGGGUAGUAUUGAUGACUUGUUGGUUGUGCUUAAGGCAGCACUAGGGGAAAGACAUGUUAUCUACCAGUGGGAGGAUGUGAAGAAUAUUGCAUAA